AUUGAUACGCCUUUCAUUUCGUCCUCCCUCCUCUCCGAAGUCGGAAGCUCAUCAUCACAAUUUUGACUCUCUUCAUUCUCUCUCGCACGGGGGCACUGUAGGUUGAUUGAUUGAUCCUAACACAGCACUAUCAUGUCGUCGUUUUACCGCCGGCUCCCGUCCGCCGCCGGGCCGGCGAGUUUCCUAUAUCAACCACAAUUGCGGCGGAAGGCGGCGGGGAUCGUGUGGCUCGAUCGCGCUCACCUGAAUCGGCGGCCGGAGAUCGCCCUCCGGACGCUGACGAGCUCGAGUGGUUGGCAGGUGAGGGUGGCGGCGCGGGAGAGCUCGGAGAGGCAGCAGAAGGUGGCUCCCUGUUCGUACGCGGUAGGGGACAGCGACGCGAGCGAGGGCGGGUUGGAUCGGCCGGUAGAGGUCGGACGGAUUUGGCGGUGGAGAGUGGAGAAGCGGACAAUGGAAGUGGCGGUCGCGGUGGCGGCGACGGUGGUGCUGGGAGUAGGCAACCGCGUUCUGUACAAGCUCGCCCUGGUCCCGCUGAAGCAGUACCCUUUCUUCCUCGCACAGCUCGCCACUGUCGGGUACAUAGUUAUAUACUUCUCUAUACUGUACAUCCGAUACCAUGCGGGCAUCGUUACUGAUGAGAUGCUAAUGAUGCCAAAAGCUCCAUUCAUUGCAGUCGGGAUAUUGGAGGCCCUAGCUGCUGCUACAGGCAUGGCUGCUGGAGCCAUUCUUUCUGGAGCAUCAAUUCCAGUCUUGUCUCAGACUUUUCUUGUCUGGCAGAUUCUUCUAUCCGUAAUUUUUCUCGGAAGGAGAUAUCGAGUUAAUCAAUUGAUUGGAUGCUUUCUCGUGGCUGUUGGUGUGGUCAUAACAGUUGCAAGUGGAUCUAGUGCGGGUCACUCAUUGAAGGAAGCCGGUAUAUUUUGGAGUAUUCUUAUGAUAAUUUCAUUUUUGCUGCAAGCUGCUGAUACAGUGCUAAAGGAAGUCAUAUUCUUGGAUGCUGAGAAGCAAUUAAAGGGAGGUUCUGUGGAUUUAUUUGUCGUAAAUUCUUACGGAUCUGCUUUCCAAGCUCUGUUCAUAUGCCUUCUCCUUCCUUUCCUAUCGAAAUUGUGGGGAGUGCCCUUCAGUCAGCUUCCAAACUAUCUCAGAGAUGGCACAGCCUGUUUCCUGAACAUUGGUUCUUUAUCGAGUGGAUGUGACGGAGCACCGCUACUGCCUUUGCUGUUCGUUAUAGUAAACAUGGGAUUUAAUAUAUCUUUGCUGCAUCUUCUCAAGAUCUCUUCUGCGGUUGUUUCCUCUCUUGCCUCCACAUUUUCAGUUCCCAUAUCAGUUUACAUGUUCACACUGCCAUUACCCUACCUUGGGGUUGCAUCCUCACUCCCACCGGGAUUCGUAGCUGGAGCGGUGGUCCUUGUCUUGGGCUUAUUUAUCUAUGCCUGGACUCCAUCAUCGUCAUCAUCAGCAAGAUUGUAGAGUUCUCGCUUUGCCUUGGGCCAACUUACCCUGUUUCUGUCAUCUUCAUCACCGCGGCAUCAUCAAACUAAGUUGAUCUUGCCCGAUCAAAUAAGCAAUAUUGCAGAAGAGUCAAUGUCGCUCCGCCAAAACCGUUGAGUUCUUUCACGACCCCAUUGUGCUCUUCUUGCCAAAUAGGAUCAGAAGAGGCUGCUCACGCAUAUUUAUGUGCGAAAGAUAAUGUAACAAUUGCAGAGGAAGUUCUGUGUUCUUGUCGGUGGAAUAGAUCGGAACGGGAAGGGAAGAGUUGUGCGAUCUGUUUCCGAUGAUAGAAGAGGCACGCAACCAGCAGACUUAUCCAUGCGCUGCUUCUGAAUGUUGUAACAGUGAAAUGUAUGUACCAUUCAAGGAAAUGUAUCAACAUUUCUGAACUGCAUAUUUUGUUGAUCGGUUCCUCAACGGGAAA